AGUUGACCUGCUCGUCUGAUAGCCGUUUAGUGUUCGCUCACUCGGUCACCAAUGUGCACGUACAAACAUUUCGCGACUUUGUCGAAAUUCAUCACGCUCAGGUUCUCAUGAAAAAGAUGCCAGUUAGCCGCCUGGACGUGCUGUACCGUCGCAUUCUGCUCUCGAAGUUCUUCACCAAAGGUUGGGGCGACCCUGAGCACGUCCUGCGCCUGCUGCAAUUUCGCAAAAUCAUCUCAAAGCGUGAGCUCUGCUACAAUCUCGUGGACGCGAAUCAUCCCGUUGAAAUUUUGAAGGAAGAGAAGUAUUCUGAUUGUCACGUCAAAGAUAUAAAAUUUUUCAGUCCGCUGGCGAUACAUUUGCCAGAAGUCGUCCAUCCGGAAAUACAAGAUGCACAUUGUCAAAUUGUCAUACCCAACAAAUGGAAGCCUGGACCAUACAGACCUAUUUGCAUCCAUCUGGCAGGCACAGGUGAUCAUUAUUAUUGGAAGAGGAGACAUUUAAUGGUGAAACCAUUGCUCAAGGAAGGAAUUGCUUCAAUUAUUUUGGAAAAUCCAUUUUAUGGCUCAAGAAAACCCAAGGACCAACUAAGGUCAUGUCUGAUGAAUGUCUCAGAUAUUUUUGUCAUGGGUGGGUGUUUAAUCCUGGAGUGUAUUGCUCUUUUACACUGGUGUGAGCGUAACGGGUUUGGUCCGAUGGGAAUUACAGGUUUAUCAAUGGGAGGACAUAUGGCUUCACUUGCUGCAACAAACUGGCCAAAACCUCUCGUAUUAGUACCAUGUUUAUCAUGGUCAACCGCAUCAGCAGUUUUCACUGAAGGCGUAAUGAGUGAAGCAAUCGAUUGGGACUUCCUCCAAUCGCAGUACUUUUCCGACAAACAAUAUCAUCAGAUCAUUGCGAAACUCUGUAAGAUCGUGGAUGAUCCCACCGAGUUUGGUCUUGCGAAACUCCCUGGUUUUCCUAUCCCUGACAAAGAAAAAUGCGAAAAUCGAGCGCUCACUCCAAUGGAAAUUAUUGAGCUGCUUGAGUUGAGUGCAAGCGAAAAAUCUAGUCAAGAUCUCCUCGUACCCGAAGCCACCUCCAAGCCUAUAUACCGUUUCAUAAAAUCCCUCAUGCGAUUGUCAACACCGAGGACAAAUGCGAAAGACGUCACGCAGACGAAGAUACGCGACAAGGACGCUAUCUGGUUCAUGCGCGGGUUAAUGGACGAGUGCACACAUUUGAAAAACUUUGCAACGCCGGUUGACACAUCGUUGAUUAUUGCAUUGUGUGCUAAGUCAGACGCAUACAUCCCUCGGGAUGGUUGCACACGCUUGGAGGAUAUAUGGCCUGGGGCGACUAUCAGAUAUCUGGACACUGGUCACGUGGGGGCAUAUAUAAAGUACCUGAAUUUAUUUAGACAAUCGAUCUUGGAGGCUUUCGCAAAGGCGCAGAAUGUUUGCCAGCCGCCGGCACAUCCGCAUACGACACAAUGACGACACGCACCACAUUAGGUAUCAAUUAUUCCUAUGCGGGUGGCCUUAACUGGAUGUGAUAAUAUUCUUAGGUGACGAAAAGCGCGCGUGCAUCAAGUAGUAGAAAACAUAAAAUUUUAUAUUAUACCGUU